AUGUCGUCAGUAAGGUCGUUGGCGGAGCAUUCAGUGCUGGCCGAUUCCACAAUAUCAACAUCAAAAAAUACAUACGCAGGCCAGGUCUUCGAUGGGCUAUUCCACGGAUCUGGAACAUUUUAUUAUAACGACUUUGAAAGAUAUGAAGGAGAUUUCGUACUAGGAAAGCGAGAAGGCAAAGGCAAGUUUUACUACGCGGAUGGAUCAGUUUACGACGGAGAGUGGCUAAACGACAAAAUUAACGGAACAGGGAAAGCGUACUUUGCAAGCGGAAACACCUAUGAAGGAAAUUGGGAAAAUGGACGCAUAAACGGGUUCGGUAAAUUAAACUAUUCAAACGGAGACGUAUAUGAAGGCGAUUGGCUAGACGGCUCUAUGCACGGCCAGGGCACAUACAGAUACAAUGAGGGAGAUGUAUACGUCGGCCAGUGGAGGCAGGAUAAGAGACACGGAAAGGGCACAAUCACAUACGUGGACAAAACAGGAACUCCGUGUGAAAAGUACGAAGGAGACUGGGUGGACAAUAUAAUGAACGGAAAAGGAGUGUACAAAUACAGCGACGGAAGCUACUACGACGGAGACUGGUACAACGGCAAAAUGCACGGAAACGGGAAAUACGUCUACGUAGAUGGAAACCAAUAUGACGGAGAAUGGGCAGAAGAUAAAAAACAAGGCACUACACAUAACGUGCCAAUGCUAACAUUACGCAGGUUUGGCAUACUGACGUACUCGAACGGCGAGAGGUACGAAGGGUUUUGGGAAAACGACAAGUGCCACGGCUCCGGAAUUCUCUUUUAUUCCACCAACGAUAAGUACAACGGGGAGUGGGCUCACGGCAAGAAGCAUGGGCCGGGAGAGAUCAUUUACGUGAACGGAGAUCGAUUUACCGGUAACUGGGAUGACGACCACGCCAACGGCCACGGAGUUUACGAGUACUCCAACGGAAACAGAUACGAAGGCGACUGGGCCAUGGACAAGAGACAUGGAAACGGGACCUUUUACUGCAAGCAGGACUCGUCGACGUACCGAGGCGGCUUUGUAAACGGGAAGAAAGAGGGCUACGGGACCCUCACGCUGGGCACCGGCCACGUCGUGCACGGCGUCUGGCACUACGGCCUGCUCGUCUCCAUCGACAACUUUGAAAUUUCCCCCACCUCGCCCUGGAACAAUCCAGACCUGUAG